AUGGCUGUUCUCGUGGACGCAUCCACGAUGGACUCCGUCGACAGUGCCCUGCGUCUGUCAGGCCUCAUUUUCCCCUCCGACAGGCCCGUUCUUGGAAAGAACAAUGCUGACUUGAUGCUCGCUCUCGGAGCCAUCAACCCCCAACGUCAUCGCGCAAACGAACAGAUCGCUGUCGUCCGCCGCCUCUGCGUCCUGUUUGAGGCCGCUAUCAGAACAUACAGCGACAGCCUAGCCAUCGACUUGAACAGCGACAGACUAGUCGUCGACUUGAACAGCGACGGCUUCUACAACGACAUACUCAGAAGCAUCUACGACGAACAUCACGAGAUGUGCAAGUACCUCACAACCAGCUCCCUUCGCCUCGCCCUCGAGAUCUAUGUCAAGGCGUUCGCGCGCAGUGGCUGGAAGCGCAUCAGGAAGAACACCGACACAAUCAUGCCCUACAAUGAUGAGUAUAGCGAGGACUGUCUCGAGAUCCUGGAGCCCAUCCAGCCAGUCGCCGAUCGCGUCAAGCUGGAGAGGCUUGUCAAGGAGUGGAUGAUAAUUCGCGGAAAUGCGCGACGCGCCGGUAUCACGGACAACAAUCACGUCUUCCACCUCUUCAAGGACGUCGAGUUCCCCCGACAGAGCCCCGACGAGACCCUCAACGCAUACAUGCUGCGCCUACAGCUCACGUUCCGGCUGCUCAAUCAGGCGAGACACUCAGAGACCGACAUGAUUUCCUAUGUUGCCGAGCAGAGGGGCGAGCGGAUGGACAGGGUGUUCGAGCAGAACGAGCGGCUCGAGAAGAUCUCGGAUCAGAGGCUCCAGCGGAUCGACGAGCAGUCCCGCGAGAUCGAGGAGUACAAGGGACGUCUCAGAAACAUGCGAAAGGACGUCGACGAGCGGGCCGACUUGCGUGAUGACUGCGACAAGUUGGUCGGCGUGCUCAACGAGCUCAACGACAAGCUCACCGAGGCCACCGAGAUGCAGGCCAGGAUCAUGGAGUUUGAGAUCGACGCGGCCUACGGACAGGACGACACCAAUGAUAAGCUGCACGAGGUUGUGAGGGGACAGAAGGAAAUUCGCGACACGCAAAACGAGGUUGGCCAGGAGGUGCGCAGGAACACCCUGACGCAGGGCUCUGUCGCCGACGGCCAAGACGGCGUGACUCGUAGGCAGACUGAGCUCAUGGCCAUGCAGACUGCGGUCAUGGAGAGUCUAGCCCCUUAUGGGCUUUACCCCAUCUUCGUAUGGGAUAACUUGUAUGAGAUCAUUUCCUAUGUGGCAGCCUCUUAG